AUGAAGUCCCUCUUCAUUACGACCGCACUCCUCGCGAGUCGUGUCGCACUCACGAUUCCGGCCUCGUUCCUGAUACAAACGCCAGGCAACUCGGCGUUGUUGAACUCGCCCGGGCCUCCCUCGGACCAGCAGCAGCCGCCCCAGCAGGGCGGCGCAUCGAAGGUCAGGGUCUCGUUCGAACACUCGGUCGAAUCCAUCAUUGACCAGCUCAAGGAUUCAAUCGACGUGGCCAAGGACGAGCUCGCCGACAUUGCGCACCCGCACCCGCACCCGCACCCGCACUCGUAUCCACAGCACUCGCCACAAGACGCCGCGGACUCGGAGUCCGCAGCAAGCCCGCCCUGGCGCAAGUUGCCGCCCCACCACCCACCCGCGUACCUAGACUUUUCCAACUACACCAUCAUCGAGAUCCUGAACGCAACUUUGCAUCAUCACCACGACGACCACGACGGCCACGACGACCCCGAGGGCCGCCACGGAAGCGACUCGGACUCGCAGCGCCGUGGCGCCGAAUCCGAUGACGGCAGUGAAUCCGGCGGGGCACCGCAUGCGCAUUCUCGUCACGACGAUCCCGCGUUUUUGCCCCUGCAACGAUUGGCCUGGUUGGUGAACCGCUCCUCCGAGGCUCUGGCCUCGCUUGACAAGAGUGAGUGGGACCGAGAUGGGAUCACACCCUGGAGGAAUCUUGUACGCUGACUUUUUGUUCUGUGAUACUUUUUCGUACUGCGGAUCUGCCUCUGUCUCACAGAGGGCAUCACUCUACUCGCUCCUGACGAUCGCGCGCUGACGCCCCCCCAUCGCCGAGGUGGCGCCGAGCAUCCCCCUCGCCGCCGUGGCCCCCGUCGACAAAACGAUAAGGCCCAAGCGCAGAGCGAAGCGGCCGAGUCGGCCGAUCGGCCCGAAGACGACGACGAGUUGAUGGCCCAGCCUCUCGUUCACCCCAUCUACCACGUCCAACGUUCGCUGCGCCAACUCGAUCUCGCUACCGAGUGGAACCACCGCGUCGGCGAGAGCGGCAACGGAGACAACAGCGACGAGGACGACGAAAAGCGCCGCAAACGCUUCGAGCACAUCGUUGCGUAUAUUCUCAAGUACCACACCCUGCCCUCGGAAUUGAGCGGACGGGAGCUCGCGUCGUCGUCGACGGUCGAAACGGAUCUCAACACCAGCCGGGUCAAGGUCGAGCCGAGCUUUGCUCUAUUCCCGCACCCGUACCGCACGAUCAAGUUCAACGGGUAUGCGAGCAAGAAACUCACCGUCAAGGCCAAGAACGGCCUGAUCCACCUCAUCGGCGCCCCCCUGCUGCCGCCCCUGUCCCCCCUUAAUGGCCUUUUCCUGUUCCCGCAAGCGUUCUCAACCCUGACCUCGGAUUUGCAAAAAGUCGACCUCGCCGAGUCAUUGCUGCCUCACUAUCACCACUCUGCUGCCGACGCUGACGUCGAGGAGCAAGAGUCGUCGUCGCCGUCGUCGUUGCUGAUGGACCAGCUCGUCGACGAGAUCGUCAAGGAGAACAACCUGACCUCGUUCACAGUCUUUGCGCCAACGAAUUGGGCGUUCACGCAGCUCGGCCCCAAGAUCGUGGCGCUGUUGCACUCCCCCUUCCCCAUCUCGAAACGCGUUCUCAAGUACAUCUUGUCGUACCACGUUGUUCCCGAUGUUGUCUUUUACAGCGACUUUGUCCGCGGUGCCAGGCCGUCCGCGGGUCUUGACCGCUUCAUCGUCUCGGAGAGCCACGACGUCGACGUUCCCCUCGAGUGGGUGAUGGACGAACCCCGCCACUGGAUCGCUCCCAGAUCCGAUGUGAACGCCCUACCCGAUUUGCCCAAGUUCCCCUUUCCCAAGAUGCCCGAGCACCGAGGACCCCCAGGAGCCCCUGGACGCGGGCCGCUCCCGCCUCCUCGACGUGGUGGGGAGCACGAUGAUCCUCACCACCCGCCCCCGCACCAUAAGGCCAGCGUCACGCGUUACGAGCUACCGACGCUGCUGACGGGCGAGAACAAGAACGCGACGCUCAAGGUGCUCAGUGUGGCCUUCCGCCGCUUUGGCCGGGGCCCCGUUCGUCGCGCCGUGAUCGUGUUGCCCAACCACUCGUCGGAACACGGGCAUGGUCAAGACGGUGUCGAUGAAUUCACCGUCUACACCAGCGACACGGAUUCGAAGCCAAACCACAUCGACUGCCCCCAUCGCCGUGGCCCGCCUCCUGCCCACCCGGUCAAGGUUUUCCGCACCGAUGUGCCGGCCCGCAAUGGCGCGGUCCAGGUCGUCAACAAGCUUCUACGACCUCCCAUGCCUCACCACGAUUCGCCUUCGUUCGGUAAGCCUGCGACCCAGCACCGUCGAUUCCUCGGAAGUGGCAUGGCCGCGCUCUUUGAUUAG